AAAACACUAUUUCUGUGUUGGAAAGCUGUGCGAUUUGACUACUAUUUUGGCUUUGCUAAAUUUUUUGUUUUCAAUUUUGGGUUACCUUUGUUCAUCCUGUAUUCUUAGGUAGUUUAUUGGGGAUCGCAGCAUUGUUUAAUAAUUUAUUGGGUGUUGAAAAAGUUUCACUUUUCAAGUAGCUUUAGCUCAAUAAUCAGAGAUUGAUUUCACACCCAAUCAAAUUAUCAUAUAGGAUUUGGGGUUAAUUAAUAUUACUGCAUUUUUAUUUAUUUAUUUAUUUUUUAUUAUUAGUUUGUGAGGGCUGGAUUUGGGUUUUGGGGCUGCUUCGUUAGUGGAGGACACAUCUUUGAGCUUAAAAAGUAGCAGUACGCCUUUUGUUUUCGGCCAUGAACAGUUUUUGAUUCUUUUUCUGAAAACUGUACUGUUUUUUGCUUUGACAUUGUAUUCACUUUUAUAAUGUUGGGCCCCUAUUCAUUUUGGGCCGUCAGCUAAUGACUAUCAAGUGGGCAAAUUUUAUUUUUAUUAAUUUAUAUUUGUUUAUUUUAUUUUUCAUGCAAGGAGAUAAUUUGUCAAGUUUGAUAGACUGAAUAUGGUUCGCUACCAUAUCUGGUAUAAUUAUUCUUUGGGAAUUUUGGGAACCCAUUUUCGUGUCUUUCUUUCAAAAUGAGAUAGAAGUGGAUUUAUUAUUAUUAUCAUCAUCAUCAUCUCCAAAUGUCAUCCCAAGACAAAAGUAGCCCUGCUCUUCUGGUGGGAGGGUCACGAAGUGGAUCAUUUAGUAGGACAAGCAGUACUGCAUCUUCUAUAAGAAGGCGUUCUUUCAGUUUAUCAGGUGCUCUACCGUCUCAAAGAGAUGAUGAUGUUGAAAGUGAGACUGUGUCAGAAGCAGGAGAUAUUGGGGAUCGUGCUCUUCAGAGCAACAGGUAUAGUGAGAGUGGCAGCUUCGGCUUCUCUUUUGAUCAUGCACCGGAGAAUGGAGUUGUUGUUACCAUUCCAGAACAUGGUCAAUUGCAAUCUCGUGGCGGUGACCCUGCAGGAUCAAAUGCAGUCUCCCCUGUAUCGCCAUUGCCAAACGAAAUCAUUUCUCCUCUUUCAACCGAUGCAAUGGUGCAAUCUGAAGACAAAAUACAAGAUAAUAAAAAACAAUUGCCAAAACUGUUGGAAUACGGUUCAUGUCUCACUCAUUUAGCUGUUUUUGGGAUUUUGGGGGUCUUAACAAGGCAUUUGCUACAAAAGCUAUUUGGCCCUGGCGUCGCCAAAGUGACAAGCAAUGAAAGCAUUUUGUAUCUUGACCUUCCUUCUAAUAUGGUUGGUUCUUUCUUGAUGGGGUGGUUUGGUGUUGUUUUCAAAGGAGACAUAUCCCGUGUUUCAGAUUUUCUGGCAAUUGGUUUGACAACCGGUUAUCUGGGAAGCCUUACAACUUUCAGUGGUUGGAACCAGAAAAUGAUUGAACUCAGUGUUGAAGGCCAGUGGGUUGAAGCUGUACUUGGUUUUCUCAUCGGUUUGUUUCUGGCUGCCUACUCUAUAAUUUUUGGAGUUGAGACAGCUAAAGGUUUCAGGUACCUGCUUGAAAAGAGAAUAAAACAUUUGGAAGGUGGUAUCCCAGUCUCUAACAGCAGCUGGAGAGUGGAUAGUUGCAGGCGUCAUUUGGUGGUUAUGGCGGUGUUUAUCCUGACGCUAGGUUUGCUAUGGUCUGUGAGUGUAAUAUUGGAGAAAAAGGAGUUUAGCAGCGGCAGCAGUGAGGCUGAACUAUGGUUAGGUUGCAUAGUUGGACCUCUAGGUGUGUGGAUGAGAUGGUUCUUAGCUCGGCUUAAUGGUCGUGGUUUAGGAAAGACUGGGUUGUUGAAAUGGAUUCCAUUUGGUACACUUAUUGCUAAUGUCUCUGCAGCUUGUGUUAUGGCAGCACUUGCUACUAUUAAGAAAGCGGUAAAUACCAAGAACUGCGACACGAUUGCAACGGGGAUACAGUUUGGAUUUUUGGGAUGUUUGAGUACUGUUUCUACGUUCAUUGCGGAAUUCAAUGCAAUGAGAGAAAGUAAGCACCCCUGGAGAGCAUAUGCGUAUGCCAUGAUCACCGUUUGCAUCUCAUUCGGCUUGGGAACCCUGAUAUAUUCUGUACCUGUUUGGACAGAAGGAUACAAUUAGCACAUUUGGGUCCAAUUUUUUGGGUUCUAUCGGUUGCUUUCCCCGUUGUCAUGUGAACAUGAAGUGGAGCUUCAUUUGACUGGAGUAUAGAAACAUCCUUCAUUUGCGAGAUUGUGUAUACGAAUUGCAGAGAACCUCUCAAAGAAUCGCUCCAAAUCUAUGUUGCUUUCACUUGAAACCACGACCAAAGUCCUGACCCAUUGUAUAUUUGGUGCCAUUUUGUAAUGAGGAAAAAUUCUAGGAUUCUAAGGAUUCAUCAAAUUACCUUAAUGAUAAAGUAGUUUUGGAAAUUAAUUUGUAUAUCGUAAAUUUACCAUGCAAAAUAAGAAGCAGAAGAAGAAGAAGAAGAUAAUAUUACUUCUGUUCUGUACA